AUGGCGAGACUCUCAGCAAUGCCAACUAAGUCUUCUGACUCUCAGAGAACUAUCUCUGAUCCUCCAGCCAAAGCUAAACAGGGAUAUUCUUCCCCGGAGCACACGCGUAGUAGACCGUUCCACCUCUCCCUUACCAGUAAGACAUCACAUCUGGGGAAAGGGAAGAUGUAUGAAACCGGUGAAUCUUCAGAAGCAGGCAGCUCAGCGAAAAAAGCUCUCACUUUUGAACCUGCAAUCCCAAUUGAAUCAAACUCUAUUAUAAGCCAUCCCAAGCUUAGCAAUGCGAUGUCUCUACCCCCAUUGGAACCUUGUAUCCAUGAAAAUUGGUAUGAACAGACUCUGGAAGAAGGUAGAGAGGAAAUGAAUCUUACCACAUCAAAACCAAAUGACGAACAGCUCGAGUUCCCGAUGGAAGAGGUCAUGGAGACAGGCGGAGACUUAAGGACAUUUCACAAUGUCCAAGAGAACGAGUUGUUGGAGGAUGAGAUUAUGGAGGAUCCAGCUGUGUUUACCAACAAUGAAACAAUUGAGGGUAUUGAUGAGGAAGAAGAAUGGAUGAAUGAUGAUGAUCUCUUUGAUGAAGGGGAACUGGACGAACUCCUGAAAGAUGCUGACAGCCCUGAAAAGGAUCAAAAUGGAGAAGACCAGGAGAUGACCGAUGAGCUAGCGAUCCUUGAGGCGAAUCCGCCGACGUUCCAAGCUGCUUCCUGGUUCAGAUCCCCCGAAAAGGCUGAUGUUGGGAAGAAACCGGCGGCGGAAGCUGACAAGAGCACCAGGGUGACCGGAAAAAAGAAACCGACGCCGAGAUCGCCGGCGGCUCGCAGUUUAUCCCUGAAGAAGAGGAAUUUUCCUCUGGGCCGUGUCUCUCCAAAAACUAAGGGGAAAGGAAAAGGCCCAAAAACAGGCCCAGGCCCAACUGCAGAUCAAGAGGAUAAGCCCAAGGGGGAUAAGGGUUCUAAGGCCCAGAAGAAAAAACAAAACUCUGUAAGGGGAGGAAGCCCAGAAACCGGUUAA